CUCUCUCGUGCCUCGGGCUGCUUGUCUUCUUUUUUUAUUUAAACUGCAAGUCCCAGAGAUCCCGGCAGCAGAUGAACCUCGAGCCCAGGGCUUGCGUUAACAUGGCAGCGGCGUCCAGCAGCAACACAUGCGGACUUAUGGAGCGGUCUCUCCGGGAGCGGGCCCCCAUGCUGCUCACGGACCUCUACCAGUUCACCAUGGCGUACGCGUAUUGGCGGGCCGGCCGGCACCAGGAGCCCGCCGCGUUCGAGCUCUUCUUCAGGGACGACCCGUUCGGCGGCGGCUUCUCGCUGUUCGCCGGGCUGCACGACUGCCUGCUAUUCCUGCGCUCGUUUCGCUUCACAGACGAAGAUGUGGAGUUCCUGCGCUCCGUCCUGCCGCCUGUCACCGACCCCGCCUUCUUCCAGUUCCUGCGGGGCCUCGACUGCUCCGGCGUCACACUCCGCUCCGUCCCGGAGGGCACUGUGGUGUUUGCCAGGGUGCCUCUCAUGGAGGUGGCAGGUCCGUUAGCUGUGGUUCAACUGCUGGAGACCAGUUUACUGUGUCUAGUCAACUAUGCCAGUCUGGUGUGCAGUAACGCCGCCCGCUUCCGCCUGGCGGCCGGCCCAAAGAGGAAGCUGCUGGAGAUGGGCCUCAGGAGGGCCCAGGGCCCAGAUGGAGGCCUCACCGCCUCCCGAUACACACACGUUGGAGGAUUUGAUCUCACCAGUAACGUUCAGGCUGGCUUCCUGUUUGGGAUCCCAGUUGCGGGCACUAUGGCGCACUCGUACGUCACUUCCUUUACCUCCCUGGCGGAGGUCCGGCCACAAACUCUCGUGGCGCUGAACGGGGAACCCGAUCCGGUCGACAUCAUUUCGUUGACUAAAGGCUGGCUGAGUCGUGUGUGUGAGCUUCUGGGAGGUGAACCCGGAAAGAUCCACGAGGGCGAGCUGGCAGCCUUUCUGUCCUACGCCAUCGCCUACCCUCAGAACUUCAUGCCUGUGAUUGACAGCUACAGUGUUGGCUGUAGUGGCCUGUUGAACUUCUGCGCUGUGGCCUUGACGCUGUGUGAACUGGACUACAAGCCCGUCGGGGUCCGCCUGGACAGCGGGGACCUCUGCAGGCUGUCGCUCGACGUCCGUCGCGUCUUCAGACUCUGCGGCGAGCACUUCUCCGUCUCCGCCUUCGACUCGCUGAUCAUCGUCGGGAGCAAUAACAUCUCGGAGGAAAGCAUGGCGGAGCUCAACAAGAAGGAGAAUGAGAUCGAUGUGGUUGGCGUCGGGACACAUCUGGUCACCUGCACACGGCAGCCCUCGCUGGGCUGCGUGUAUAAGCUGGUGGAGGUGAGGGGGAUGCCCAGGAUGAAGAUCAGUGAGGAACCGGAGAAAAGCACGGUCCCCGGGAGGAAAGCCGUCUACAGGCUGGUAGACGCUGAGGGCCAUCCUUUUCUGGACCUGGUGUGUCUCGCUGUGGAGUCUCCUCCAGAGGCCGGAGUCUCUCUGAGCUGCUACCCUCUGAUGUGUGGUAACUCCUUGGUCUCAGUUACUCCAGCUCAGGUCACCUGUCUGCGCCAGGAGGUGUUCACCAAAGGACAGGUCACACACCCUCUGUGCAGCGCUGCAGAAACGAGAGUAAAGGUCCAGAGUUCCCUCCAGACUCUGCACCCUCGACACAAGCGGCUGCAGGAGCCGGACUCUUACACGGUGGCGCUGUCAGAGAAACUCCAUCACCUGGUCACAGAGAUCCAAAAAGGAAGCACCAACAACAGCAACUUUCUUUUAGCCAACUAAAUAUAUUCUCUCCUGUUUUUUUCUUGAUGUUGUUGUUGUUUUGGCUUUUUAUUUACCUUCUGUUCCAAAGUGCCUUACGGUGAGAGAAGUGCGUACGUUUGGAGAGCACGCUCCCGAUGAACCCUGUCAUACUCUGCACAUGUGGGAAUACACAGACACUUUAAAAAGUGUUGUGGCCUGUGUCCUUCACAGCUAAUGUCUGUAAAACAGGCUCAAGAUGAGCAGAACUCGACUUUGUUCUUUUAAUGUGGACAGAUGGAAGCAAACGAAGAACAGCCUCUAGGCUUAAGGACUCGUUUCCUGCUGGAAACUGUGGUUUGAUUUCUUCAGCUAGAAGCUGUUAAGCAAUUUAAAUUGAUGGAAAAUGAAGAAAAAAAGUUGAGCACGCUUUAUUACAUUCACAAAUAAUUGCAGUCAAAAUAAACUAUUAAUUUGCCGUUUGACCUUCGUCCCAAGACAUUACAAACUGUUUCCUCUCUUUAAAUUGUACAAUAGGUUCAGAUAAAACGAUGAUUUAAACUAAUUUAACUAUUAACUCAAGAUCCACUUUAUUGCGAGAUUUAGUCCAGAAAAAAAAGGUAGUAAGUAGAUGGAUAUAUACUUUAUUAAUCCCCAAGGGGAAAUUAGUUCUCUGCAUUUAACCCAUCCUUAGUUAUU